ACCUCGUGAAGUCCUGGAGGGUAAAGCCAAAAGAUUGUGGAGGGCUCUCGCUGGAUUGGGUCCGUUGGAGUUCUUACUUGCAAACCUUUGUUGAAAUUACCGUUUAAGUUUUCUCCCCAGUUUUCUCUAGCACCUUCUGCUCCAGGAGCACAGUCACUUGGUGUGCCUACUUCACUUCUUUUAAGCGAAAGAACAGCGGACAGGCAGCAUGAGUGACUGGGGUUCCUUAGGCCAGCUCCUCGGCAAGGUUCAAACCUACUCCAACCCUGGAGGGAAGGUAUGGCUCUCCAUCCUUUUCGUAUUCCGAAUCCUGCUCCUGGGGACAGCAGUUGAGUCAGCCUGGGAUGAUGAGCAGUUUGCCUUUCGUUGUAAUACUCGGCAGCCUGGUUGUGAAAACGUCUGCUACGAUAAGUCCUUCCCGAUCUCUCAUGUGCGCUUCUGGGUGCUGCAGAUCAUAUUUGUGUCUGUCCCCUCACUUUUGUACCUAGUGCAUGUAUUCUACUUGCUGCGCAAGGAAAAUAAUUCGAAAAAGAAAGGGGAGGAACUCACAGUUGCUCAAACCAAUGAUGUCAACAUGGAGGAAAUCAGAAUCGAAAUCAAGAAGUUCAAGUUCAGCGCUGAAGAACACUAUAAGGUGAAAAUGAGAAGGGACUUGCUGCGAAUCUAUACCGUCAGCAUCUUCUUCAAGUCUCUUCUCGAGGUGGCCUUCCUGCUGAUCCAGUGGUACAUCUAUGGAUUCAGUCUAAACGCGGUUUACACUUGCAAACGAGACCCCUGCCCGCAUCAAGUGGACUGCUUCCUUUCUCGCCCCACAGAGAAAAAUAUCUUCAUUCUCUUCAUGCUAGUGGUGUCCUUGGUGUCUCUUGCUUUGAACAUCAUCGAGCUAUUCUCUGUCUUCGUCAAGAGCAUUAAGGACCGCGUGAAGGAUUCAGAGAGUGAGUCUUACUAUGUUAUAUCUGGUCUGCUGCGUCCCUCCAAAGACAGUUCAUCAGUUGUUGCUCUCUCUGACAUGUCCGUUCCCAGGAACAAGCUUGUUCCCGGAAACGCAAACAGUUCUUCCUGCCUCAGUUACAGCAAACAAGGAAAUGAGCAAAACCGUGCUAAAUAGAGUGCAUAGCAAGGUUUAAUGGGGCAGGCAAGAAGCACCGCCUCUCCACUCGCUCACACAGCCUUUUAAUUUCCCUGAUGAUAAGCAGAUUCUGAGGGAAAAAAACCAAAAACCCUAGCUACUGGGCAGUAGCCAUUGUAGACAGCAGCCAUUCUGCAAAGCCAGCAGUCAUGCCAGCAGCAGCCUUGAUGACCUAGAGAUCUAGACACAUGCUUGAAAGCAUUAUGAUUUUGCUCAAUUGUUAAAGUAAAAGGAAGGUACAAUGGAGAGUGUACUUUUGUUCCAGUGGAAGUUGUACUGAACACUGUCAGUCACAAGGCUUAGUGGACAUAAAGGGUUCUUUUGGAGUAUCUGGGAUAGGAGGGGAGAGACGGGGAAGGAUUAAUUAAUCAGAGGAACAUCUUGGUAUUUAAAAUGGUUGACUCGAAGAAUUUACAUUUUAAAUAAAGUCUCCAUCAGGUGGUACAUCAGUAAAGACUUUCUCUACCAUAUUCCCCAAGAAUGGUUCAGUGUAUAUGAAGGAGUGAUAGAUAUUUGUGAUGUGUUGGUACAAACAGACACAGUAUAAACUCAUGAACAUGGAUUAUUAAAAUAAUGCAGUGUUCAAAUUUGAGCCUUUGUCACAGAUUUUGUGGUAUGGGCCAUAUGAUGUUUACAUUACAUAAUUCCUACUGUGAAAGUGAAGCACUCCUCCCUCCCCCACUCAGAUGCCCCCCUUCAGCCACUUUAUUCUAUUAGGGACACUGGUUCUGUUCAUUACGAUUUUUUUCUUUUGUAGAAAGAUGUCGGGAAUAAUGUCCUUUUUCUGAAAUGUAAUCAUUGAUACUUGAAUGAUACACUUUUAGUUCUGUGAAGAGCAGUCAUUAAUGUGAGAAACUUAAAAGGAACGAAUAGAGCUGAACUAUUAAAUGUUCUUACACGAAUUUUGCAGUAACUGAUAGUUCUUGGCUUUGUUCUACUUAAUAAACCUUACAUAACAAGCA